AUGAAUGUUCCAGUAAAGCCAAUCGACAGCUGGUCAAAAGGAAUCCGCCAUCGUCUUCUGGUGGAACCGACCUUCGAAUCUCUUCAACAAACACUUUCACUCGAAAGGGAACCGAAACGAGGGGGCAUGUCUCGUGGACGCUGCCGUCGUCGUCGUCAGGGUCAACUCGAGCCAGUAAAUAUACACUUUAGACGAAAUGAAAGGCGGCGGGAAGCCUGGCGUUUAAGCCCCGGGCCCGAUGAUUCGCGACUGCCGCCCGCUCGUGUCUUGUGCGACGCGGACACGGUGCGGUUGUGCGCCGGCUCCGGCCCAAUCGGGUUGAAGGCGGCCAGUCCUGGCCGACUGGGCCGGAUCGAGGCGCUGCGGGCGAACGGGUUGUCUGUCGGUUUGUGUGUUGACGAGCUGCUGGCCCGACAGGCCGAGGUGCAGGCGAGGAUGCGGCAACUGCAGACGAGCCUCGAGGCCUUGGAGGCCGGAGACUCGGGCGUCGUGUCGGCCAGUGAACUGUGGCCGGCCGACGUUGACGUCAACGUCGACGUCGACGUCGACGUUGAAGUGGGCGCCGAGGGCGAGGGCAGACGCGAGAACGCGGUCGACCUGGUGAGGCGGCUGCAGUCGCGGGCCGACGCGGUGUUCAGCCGGGCUGACGGGCUGUACGGGCGGCUGGCGCGUUGCCUGGCCCGGUGGUCGGAGGUGGAGGCGGGCCGGGAGGCGGUGCUGGGAUUGGUGGAGCGGGCGGCGGGUCGAUUGGCCGAGCUGCAACAGGCCUGGCGGCGUGAGGGCAUGCCGGGCUCGAGCGUCGGUGUGUGUGUUGGUGCAGUGCAAGUUGCCCGGGUGAUCGAGACGCAGGCGGGGUGUGUGCGUGAGGCGGAGGCGGUGUUGGACGAGUUGGGCGGGCUGGAAGGGCAGACAGAGGGGCCGGGCGCCGGGUGCUGCGGCCGGCUGGUCGGCCAACUGGCGGCCGCCGUGAGGGCUCUCGAGGCGGAGCUGGGCGCGCCGGGGCGGGCCAGGCCGGUGGAGCGCAUGAUGGGACAGGCGGCGUGCCGGUUGGCUGAAGUGCGCGCCGAAGCCGGUGAUUGGCUGGCGCGUGAGCGACGUCUCGCCGACCGGCUGGAGCAGCUGCGCGUCGAGCUCGAGGCGGCCGACAAUUGGCUGGAGGCCUGUCGGCGGCUGGCCGACGCGUCGGCACUAUCGACCGCGUGGACCGACCAGCUGGACGGGCAGGCCCGAGAGGCGGCCGGCCUCGAGGCGGAGGCGGGCGCGGAGGGCUCGCCGUCGCUGCAGACGGCCGCCCGGCUGGCCUGGCUGGUGACGCGUCUGGAGACGGAGGGCGAGGCUCACCGCGGCCGGCUGGUCAAGGCGGUCGAACAGGCGGUGGUCGGGCUGAGCUGGCCGGCCGCGAGGGGC